UGUCGGCCAUGUUUAAAGGUAACAGGCAGGCACAUCGGCAGAUAGCAAGUCGCUGUGAUGGCUGUGGAAAGUCGGCAUCGUCAGCGAAAAAGUCAAGGAAGGACAAGGAAAGCAAUGUACAUGUGACAACAUGGACGAAUAUCUUGUUGCGUUAGACGAUUUAUCUGUCCUUAGCUGCUGAUAACUGUUUCCGUGUCGUGCUUGAUCGUGGCUGAACUCGUGCGGAGGGACCAGCCCAAAAAUCGAUAUGUCCACCGCGUUCUCGGACGAAGGAUCUUUGCCAGACAGCAGUGAUCAAGAUGAUCGGGAGCCCCUCGAUCAACGAGUCCAGUUUGAACUGGAACGCCUGAAUACGGCCACAGAGCUUAUAAAUAAGCUGGAAAUCGAACUUGAUGAAGCAAGGUCAAAUUUUCGCCUGCUUCUGUCGGAGUCAUCACAGAAGAUUAAUCAACUUGCCAAAAAGCUGGGAAGCCAUGUAGAAAAAGCACGGCCUUAUUAUGAGGCUAGGAUGAAAGUGAAAGAGCUGGAAGAUGCAGCGCGCAAAGCCUCUCUGCGGCAUGAACGGGCAUCGUUGGCACAUUGCACUGCCCGACAGAUGGUGGCACUGGCGGAAGAAGGCCUGCGGCGUCAAGGUGCCCAGGGUUCUCUGGACCCUGUCUUUCAAGAAAUGCUCAACCAGGCUACUGUUCGGGUGAACGAGGCCGAGCGUGAGCGGGUGGUGAGCCGGGCCGAGCAGGGGCGACUAUGGCAUGCCUGCAAAGGCCAGCAGCAAACAGUGCUUGAUCUGCACCAGGCUCUCAAAAAGUCAAUCGUCAAGGCCAGUCUGUCAGCACGCAGAAGUUUGCUACAACUUAACAAUUUAGCAAACCAGCAUGAACUUCAGUUGCUGCCAUACUUUGAGAUGAAGGCACAGCUAAAUGAAGCUCUUGAGGAGCAGAAAAAACGAGUUUUCCACAUGGAAGAGGAUGUCAUGCGGGUCAAGUUCUCGUACACCGAGGCUCUGCACAACUUGGAGCAAAUCAGCGACCAGAUGCACCACGACCGCCUGCUGAUGCCAAACAGCAGCAGUAGCGGCAGCAGUCUGCUCAGCAGCGACGACUGCUGCGGCCGUGGUAGCAGUGAUGAUGGCUUUGCCCAUGCCGUGGGUGAUGGGUUCCCGCAGCGUCUAGUGAAAUCCUCUAGCCUUUCUAGCUCAGAGAUGCUGAAAAUAUAUGAGGAUAUCUGCAGUGAAGAGACAUAUCAAAAAUUGCCUGAGCCUCGAAGAACUCAGAGGCAUCCAGCAGGCAUUCGAAGGGCCUUUUCUGAGGGAGGCCAUCAACCUGCGAUGUGCCCAUCACCAUCACCAGCUAGUCAGCACAGAGGACUUGUUUCAUCACUUGUUGACCGGGUGUUUCCGACCAAGCCUUCUCAAACACAAGUCAGAGAGGAGAAGCCUGUGAGGGUUCCACAAUCUGCUGUGCCGACAUUAAAGCAGUUAGUUGCUGCUGUGAUAGACCAGAUGUUCCCGGACACCACCCAGUGCAAUGGCAACGAAGAAAUUAGGCUUGAUCUAACUGCACCUGCUCGAAACAACAAUGGUGCCCCUGGUGUUCCCCUUGCCACACUUGCCACCCUCGAAGACCUUUCACCAGUCAUUGCUUUGGAUAUUGAGGCAUCACUGGCAAAAGCAGCUCGAAGACUCACUCUGGACGGGACUUCCCAAAGGCUGCAGACAGUCGAGGAAGGCUCUGACACUGACAGUCUCCUAAGCACAGGCACCGGUGGCACUCUUGAUGAUCGGCAGAUUGACUGCCUUCUGCUAGACCGCGUGCUCGAACAGGACUACCAGGAGGUGCUGAACUCCUGCAGGGACUCCUCACAUUUGUAGGAAGGGCUUGUCCAAAGACAUGCAAAUGAAUGUUGCUAUUUAUGUGUGUUAAAGCGCGAGGUUAGCUGUGUCAUUGUAUAUGGUGGAUGGAGUGUGGCAUUGGUGCAUGAACGCUGUUAAGUCUGUGCUGCCAUCUUUUGUGCAUUGCAUUUGUAAAUGCUUUUGAAGCUACUGUCAGGCACAUAAAUUCGGCACAAUGUGUAUGUUGCCUACAUGUCUGAGUUAUGCUUUUAGUUCACAGAACAGUGAAGGGGUUGUAGGGAUACUUACUUAAAAGUACCUAGAGAGAAAAGCGGCACUACAGUCCUGCUGCAUGCAAGGGAAUGCUAGCAAAUGGUGGCUUCUGAUUGUUUUUCUCUGAGAGGCAAAAUAAAUUGAACAUUAAACAAGCA